GUGACAAAUGGAGGUCGAUCCGUACGCGACGGUGCUCAAUGCAGGGCAGAGGCCUGAUUGCCAUGGUUUGGUACUGGUGAUGGGGUGGUCUUGGGGGAGAGAAGAUGAAGGCUACCAAAGAAUGGCGAAGGAGAUGACGAGUUUGGAUGAAUCCAUUCAUUCGUAUGACGGAGAGUAUACGCAUUGCACGGUGGCGACUUUGAGCAGCUUCAAAAACUCUAGGAGCGUAUUCUGCCACGCUUCGGCUGCUGACCGAGACCGCAUUAUCGAAGUAUGGCACCAAGCGCUCACGGCUGCGUUCGCGCGAACGGAAGGCCUUCGACCGUUCGAUAUUGUUUUCAGAUCGUUGGAGACUUCGCCCGCCGCAGCCUUCCUCCUUGGCGACGACUCGAGUAAGACCGUCGAGGCCUUGCGAUCGGCCGUGAAGGAAGCUGCGCGCAAUCCAAAGUUGAGCGAGCUGAGCGCCGAGUUGGAGAACAAGUACCAGGACGCCAACCCCGAUCUCUUCUCGCUUGGGGACGCGUUACACAUACCCGCAAUCAUUCACUCAACCGUCAUGCGCGUCGCAUCUGAGGUCUCCGAUGAGGGUCGGCUAAUGGAGGGGUUAGCGGAUCUGGGCGCGCGUUGGGAGCCGGCUACCGUGAGGGUCGGGAAGAUCAGCUUGGUGUAUGAGAAGCACCCUUACAUGCACCUCAGCCGGGAGGGGGCGGAGGCGCGCUGUUACCGCCUCCCUCCCAAUUGAUCCGCCGACAAGGUUGAAUGAUGACGAAGUUCUGCGUGGCGGGGACCGUCGACAGAGAAGUUUCGCUGUUUUUGGAGCCCCGCGUGUGAUACGUUCGUAUGGCGUAUAAUGGUCAGCGCUUAUUUUGAGACGAAGGCGACGUUGGCUCGCGUUCCGGGUCGUGCGUGGGUAGGCGUGUUUGCCGGCGCUUAAUCCACAGGGUGUUGUGCCAACACGAAACAACUGCUGUGCGAGGCAAUCGUGUGCCAAAACUCUCGAUGUCCUGCCUGACCAACAAACGAGAAAACCUUCCCGCUAUACACAGAAAUAUGCGUGCGUAGCUUUCGGAGGUUUCGCGGGACAGCUUUCGUUUCCAAGCAGGUCAUGUUCGCAACCAAAGACAGUAGGACGUACCAUUUUGGGACGCGGGGGCAAGUGAUAUGUUGUCCACCCACUUUCAUCAGCGCGAUUUUUUUACCGCCGCAGUGCGCGAUGCACCACUUCUUGCAAGAUUGAAUGCACGCUCGCUAAAAUCUUGGCAAAGCGUGAGUUUUUUUCUUGUUUUGUUUUUCUCCCAUCAUU